AUGGCAACAGACGGCUACAACCCAGAUAAGCUGCGAAAUAUUGAGCUAAAGGCGAAAAUAGUAGACGAGAAUGCGUUUGCGCAUCGGGUGACCAUUGCGAAGCAGCUUACCGGAACGGAUGGUGUAGUGAUAAACCAAAAGGACGUAUUUUUUAAAGCUUCCAACGGACGUCUGAAGCUGCGCUAUCUUACGGACAAAAAAUCGGAACUCAUCAGCUACGAUCGGCCGAACGUAGCAGGACCAAAGUUAUCGCUCUACUCCAAACUGGACGUCGAUCAGCCGGAACUGUUGGAGCAAAUACUUUCCGAAACGGUCGGUGUUCGUGGGACGGUCGCUAAGAAACGGCUACUGUUUCUACACGGUCAAACACGCAUACAUCUGGAUGUGGUUGAGAAUUUGGGACAUUUUCUGGAGUUCGAGGUAGUGCUAAAGCCCGAACAAACGAUCGACGAAGGACAGACGGUGGUGGCCGAAAUGAAGCGUUUGUUCGAAAUUUCCGAUGAAGAUUUAAUGUCCGGAGCUUACAUAGAUCAGCUACUUGCAUGA